CAAAAGUAUUACAAAUCAAGGAGGCGGAAGGUUACAGAGCAAGAGAAGCAAGGUGCACUUAACAAGGCCAUUAUUCAUAUGAGUUGGAGAUGUCAUAUGAUAGAAAUUGUGAUGAAGCACACACAUGUUUAUCGCGGCUUUCAUCUGACCAUCCCUAAAGAAUGGGCUGUAAAACACUUGCUUCAGAAGUCUGAUCAUGAUGUCAUACUCCGGGUUCCAGGAGUAGAGGAGAGUUGGACACUGGGAUGCAGAUGGACACCUUUGCAAUGUCAGUUUAGACAAGGGUGGUCGACUUUUGUUUUAGAGAACAAUCUCGAGGAGCAUGACUUUUGUGUAUUUGAGCUGCUUCAGAAAGGAAAUUUGGGUCACAAGAAUAAUUCUGUCUUUGAUGUUCACAUUUUCCGGCUUGUUAAAGAAGUAGUUCCCUUGACUGUGUUAAGGGACAUUAAAUCUAGAGUCUAAUGUAAUCUUAAGUUCAGACGAUCUAGCAUGAGCUUAUUUUCUAAGCUAACUACUGCAAUCUAGAGCAUGUCAUGUAUUAUCGCAAAACAUCGAUGGGCUCAUUCCAGAAUUG